UUCAGAUGUCGUGUUCUCUGGUUAGCCCCUCCGGAGCCCGGAUCCUCCUGGAGGACGGACGAGCUGUGAUUCUGGGCCGGGGUCCGGACACCGGGGUUACCGAUAAGAAAUGCUCCAGGCACCAGGUGAAGGUGGUGGCUUGCUAUGCAGACCAGGAUGUGAUCAUUACCCAGCUGGGUCCCAAUCCAAGUUUCCUGGACAGCGAGCAGCUAAGUCGUGGCCAGUCUGGGAAACUCAAACACGGAGGCACACUCUACCUGGUUAACCAGAAUCAUCCGUUUAAACUGCAGUUUUCUCUGAGUUCAAACGGAGCAGCCUCCAGCGCUACACAGAAACAACUUAAGGCAACAGAUAAGACAAAAGGAGGGAAAACCGAGAGAGAAAAGGAGGCACAAUCCAGCCCAACUCCUAAGCGCAGUAUAAAGGAUUUCUUUUCCGCUUCUCCCAUGAAGUCCUCUAAGAGAAAACCAAACCCAGAUAGAGGGCACCCAGAGAAGAAACGUCAAAAAAGAGGUGAGGCCUCAGAUAGAAGGAGUGAGGAAGAGGAUGAGGAGGAGAAAAUGGCAGAAGAAAAGCUCAAAGAGCUCCAGGCGUUGGCGGAGAAGUCUAUGACUGGAGAGAGUAAAGGCACAAAGCCUUCAUCUUCAUCGCCUAUAAAAGGCUGUGCAAAGAGCAGCUGGCAGCAGAUGAGCAACCUGUUGCUCUACACCGCUGCUGGUGUCAAAGGCAGCGACAAGAUAGCUGGGUUUGACAUCGAUGGCUGCAUCAUCACCACCAAGUCUGGCAAAGUGUUUCCUACUGCACCAGAUGACUGGAGGAUCCUGUAUCCUGAGAUUCAGCCCAAACUGUCCAGCUUGCUUAAGAAAGGAUACAAGGUGGUGUUCUUCACCAACCAGAUGGGGAUCGCUAAAGGUAAACUGAGACCAGAAGUCUUCAAGUCCAAAGUAGAGGACAUCCUCGCCACGCUGCAGUUACCUGUCCAGGUGUUUGUAGCAACAGGUCCUGGUAUCUACAGGAAACCUGUGAUGGGAAUGUGGAAUCACCUGUGUGAGAAGGCAAAUGAUGGUGUCACUGUUGACAAGGCAGAGAGCUUUUAUGUGGGAGAUGCUGCAGGUAGACCAGAGAACUGGGCUCCUGGGAAGAAGAAGAAGGACUUCUCCUGCAGUGAUCGCCUGUUUGCUCUGAACAUUGGGCUGCAGUUCCUCACCCCAGAGGAGUAUUUCCUGGGCUGGAAAGCUGCCCCGUACAAACUGCCAAGUUUUGACCCUAGGGCGAUUGACUCCUCUUUAAGCCUGUAUGACCCACCAUCUGCAUCCCUCACCUCAAGCAAGACAGAGGUCAUAGUUGCUGUGGGUUUCCCUGCAUCCGGUAAAUCCACCUUCUUCCACACCCACAUCAUUCCAAAAGGCUAUGUGUACGUCAACAGGGACACUCUUGGUUCAUGGCAGAACUGUGUGUCGGCGUGUGAGCGUGCUCUGAAAGAGGGCCGAAGUGUUGCUGUAGACAACACAAAUCCAGAUCUAGAGUCGCGCAAACGGUAUUUGGACGUGGCCAAAGCUGCAGGAGUGCCCUGUCGGUGUUUUCAGUUCUCAGCUUCUCUGGAGCAAGCCAAACACAACAACAGAUUCCGUGAGAUGGCUCCAUCAGACAGCAAACAUGCCAAAGUCAAUGACAUGGUCUUCCACAGCUACAGGAAACACUUUGUGGCUCCAGCGCUCUCUGAAGGAUUUACAGAGAUCCUCCAGAUCCACUUUGUCCCAGACUUUAAAGACAGUGAAUCGGAAACCCUGUUCCGGCAGUUUUCUGAGGGCUGAUUGGCCAGCAGUCAAAGCAAAACACCUGAGAUAGCCACACAGAACCCUUUUUCCUUCUAUACAAGCUGAUGGAUUGCCAGAGGUAUAGGAUUGCAUUAAUCUGUCCAGUGCUUUUGUAUCUGAGGCAAGCUACAUACUAAAUGAUUUUCAGCCCAAUUUUAGGUCUAACUUACUCCUCCCAGAGAUCAGGAUGGCAUGACCAAAUUUGAGGUUGGCGGCAACUUAUUAUUUUUCCAAAAAAAUCAUUAAGUUGCCAUGUCAAUGCGAUCAUUUUACUGCUCCUGAUCAAGUCAAGGCCUCCUUAACCCUGACUUUAAAGUAUCAAACAUGUUUACAGUGUUUCCCACACACAGAUGAUCCUCAGGUGAGCCAUCCAGAUAUAUUUACAGCCACCCAUGAAUAUUUGCUAACCAUUUUCCUACAUGUUAUUUGGAAAAAUCCAUAUAUAUCACUGUAAAUGCAUGGGAAAAAUGUCUAUAAAUAAAUGCACUAUUGAAAGACGUUUCAGGUUAAAAAUUCAGCUUCUUUUGUUUGAAUAUUUUUUUCUGCAGCUGUUUGCUGCCAUUAUCAGUGUUGUUUUUUACGCAUCAAAGUGUACUUUUAACUCAACAUUAUGUCAUUCUUUUUCACUUUUUAUACAAAUUUGAAGUAUUUACAAUUUAUAUUACUGGUACAGUGCAAUGCAGUUUACAUGCCUGAUGAAGAUUGUCACCUCGUAUUUAACAUCUUUGGCAAACUUAGGACAUGCCCUGUGAUGAUUUCAGCAUACCAUCUUUUAUUAUAGUACAUCCCUGCCACAGACAGGAAGUAAUUUAACUCAGUGGAUAUAUUCAACAAUGGUGCAGAAGUCUCUAACAUCAACAACAAAAAUCCACCAAAAACAAGAGCAAAGGGAUCCCAGCAGUGAUCACAAGAGGCAAAAUCUAAACACUCUGCCCAAGGGCAUGCUGGGAAAACUCCACCCCACUGACUUGAAAUGGCAGUGGGUGGAGUUUAGAUCAGCUGACUCUACAGAGUUGGACUAACACUGAACAGAUCAACACUGUCAAAUAACUUCAACAUUGAAUGGAGUUAAAAUUACACUUUGAGAGUAAAAACUACACUGAAAAAUUAAACCCUGAGAUAUCAGCACUAGUUCUUGCUGUGUAUGUUUUACAGUACAUGUUGUAUAAACACUCAUGUUGUUGCCACAAAUCAACAAGUUGUUCCUCCAUUUCUACCAUUCAACUAACUUUAUGCUUCACAUUUACUGCUGUUGCCAAGGCUUUGUUUGCUGUGCUUCCUCCUUUGGUCAGCUUGCUUCCUGAUUGUUUAAAGUUCACCUAACAAUCCUGCUCAGCUGUCCUUGGUGUUCCCCUCACACAACAGGAUUUCUGAUUGUACUGAACAUGUUGAACAUCUAAUCGUCAGAUUAUCAUGCUUUUGCUCAAUUUGGUAGGAAAGGGAAAAUUAGCCUGAAAUUUGUCAAGAUUAUCUUCAGUGUGUACCCUGCUUUAGCUGCCUAAACUGUCUAGCUAACAGCUUCUCACUCCAAGUAGAAAUCAUGAUGUUAACUACAUUUGCAAAUCUACUUCAGAUCUUUUCAAUA